UGGGAACUGCAAUUGGCCACUAAGUACUUUCCAAAGUCUUUUGCAUGGCAGUUCACAUAAUUCGUGUUGUGAUAGUCUCGGCCUCGUUUUGCUCCGGUUCCCGGGUGGCAGCAGUUUUCGACGGUUUUUGUGCCCGAAACAUAAUUAAGUGCUUUGCAAGUUGUUGACUGUGAGGGAAUUUGUCAUAACAUCAUGGGAAGGGGAAAGCAAGAACGGCCCAUGAAAACGAGUAGCAGAGCCCGUUGAUAAUGUACUAAGUAGUCAUAAAUUUUACUUUUAUGCCAUGGUAGAACUGGGGAGAAGCGAAAGCAAACCAGAAGGCAGAAGCCAGAGAUCAAGAGCCGGCGAGAAGUGAAACGGGCCCUGCUGCUGCUGCUGCUGCUGCUGCCGCUGCUGCUACUGCCCUUUUGACCCCGUCGACAAGCUCAACAAGUUGCGAGUUCGCGACUGCCGAGCUGAUGAAGUGGCUUUGGCCGAGGGCCGGACUUCAGUUGUAGUUGGCCAGCGCUGGAGUGGAGGCUGAAAUUAAAUCAAACAUCAAACUCAAUCGCAAAGUCAAGAACGGGAAAAAGGACCUCUCCGCCGGCAAAAUGAAUCGAAAUGGGGCAGGGACGAAGUGCCAAAAGUGUUAGCAACUUUGCCAUAUUUCUGUUGAUUUUACUCGCACAAAACUGUGGCCGAGCACGCAGCCACGGGCGUGAUGGAUUAGCAAAGUUGCAGUUUAGCGCGCAGGCUCUUCCUGUUUUUAAUUCUGCGAAAAUAUACGAAACUUUGUGUCCGCAACUGCUGACGGCCACGCCCCCGCCCGCUCUUCCACUCGCGCCUCGGGAGGUCAAAGGGCGUGGCCUGGUGCGAGGGAAGCCUGUGUUCCAUGUUUUCGAUCAACUGCAGCAGGACUUCGAGGCGAAAUGGCAGCUAACAACUACAGUGAAGCCUUUUAGUAUAUGGCAGCAUUUGGACUGGGAACAGGAGCAGCAGGCUCACCGCUUGCAGGCUCAGCCGAACUCUAGUUUUGAUAUCCUGGCAGAGUUGUACAAGGAUCAAAAGGCUUAUGAGCAGACAACCACAACCACAAAGCCUUUUCAUGUGCUGCAAAGACUGGAAAAGGAUUUAAUCAAGGCCGAUAGGCGCAGCACCACCAUUAAGCCUUUUCACAUAGUUGGAACCCUCGUAGAGGACUUAAGGAACAAGGAUCUGAAAGAGGGUUAUCUGGAGUCCACGGAUCUGGAUCCCUUGGCCGAACACAAGGCCGAGUUAAAACCCGAGUCGCGGGCCAAGCAAAGUCAAAAGCGCAGGCGGAAACGCAUUCGCCGUAGAAGGAAACGAAUUCGCCGUCGCCGGAAAAGGACACGUCGUCGUCGCCGGAAGAAGAGGAAGAAGAGGCGGAAGAAGCGUAAGAAGAAGAAGUACAAGGGCGACAAGAAGAAAAAGAAGAUGAAGGGCAAGCGGAAGCGGAAGAAGCAGCAAAAGCCGGAGGAUCACGAGGAGCACUCGAUUUUGCAGCCGGCCCAUCUGAUCUUUGCCAAUCCCACCAAGCAGCCGUACUAUCACCAUCCCCAUGGAUAUCCCUAUCCGGCGAACAACCAGAUGCAAGUUCAAACCAUACCCACUGCCUUGCUGAACGCCUUGACCACCAAGAAACCAAGCACGGUGACGACCACCACCACCCAUCGUCCCUUCAGUAAGAUCAAGUAUCUCCUGAGGCACAACAACAUCUUCAAGAAGAAGAAAAAGGAGUACCUGAGCCACGUCGGCCAGGUGCUGUAUCCAUUUGUUAAAUUUGUGGCCUUCUUCACGGUCCUCAAUCCCUUCACGCUGGGCGUCUUCCUCUUCACCCUGAUCUCCCCCGCCGUCUUCGGCUUCCUGGGCUUUGUGGCCCUCAGUGUGCUGGUCAAGCCCUUGUUGCACCUGGUGUUCGGGGUCAAGCGGAAUGUGAAUGCCUUCGAUCGCAAGCGGUGGCUGGCCCAACGGCAGGCGGAGAAGCUGAAGCUCAACCUGCGGCCAGUGACCAUCCACAAGCACUUCUACCAGCAGAGCCCGGUGCACUCCGCACCCCCGGUCAAGCUCCGUCCAGUGGGUCACUGGCGAAGAGAGGGCGACGGACCUGGGAACCACAUGCCUCCUCCUACCCUCAGAGCUCCCCAAAGAAGCACCCCAAGACCAGCAGUGCCACCUCCAAUUCAUCGCUAUAAUCCUCUGCUGCCUGACCAUCGCAAGGCCCUCAACUACGACCAGUCUGGAAUCUUCCUGAUUUAGAAACACUAAA